AUGUCAAUAGUUUUACCAUCAGGAAGUGUUGAAAGAUUCAAAGCCGUUGGAAAAUAUUCAACUCCAAACCGUCGUCCAAUUGAACCAGUUGGUCGUUAUUUUUUAGCUCAUGCAUCAAGAACUCUUAGAGGUCAUACAUGGUCAGAAUUUGAAAAAUUAGAAGCAGAAAAAAAUGUUAAACAAAUAGAAACAAAUGAAGAUGAAGAUUUAGGAGAUGAAGAACAAAGUGAAGAAUUAUUAGAUCAUGAUCCAAGAGAAUGGAAAACUGCUGAUUUAUAUGCGGUAUUAGGAUUAUCACAUUUAAGAUAUAAAGCAAAUGAAGAUCAAAUUAGAAGAGCUCAUAGAAAACAAGUCCUUAAGCAUCAUCCAGAUAAGAAAUCUGCGAGUGGUGGAUUAGAACAUGACUCUUUUUUCAAAAUUAUUCAAAAGGCAUUUGAAAUUAUGUUAGAUCCAAUUAAAAGAAAACAAUAUGAUUCAGUUGAUACUUUAAAAGAUCCACAACCACCAUCUGCUAAAUCCAAAUACGAUUUUUUUGAAGUAUGGACACCGAUUUUUGAAAGUGAAAGUAGAUUUUCAACAAAACAACCAGUUCCAUUAUUAGGUAAACCCGAUGCAUCAAAGGAAGAAGUUGAUAAAUUUUAUAAUUUUUGGGGUAAAUUUGAUUCAUGGAAAACUUUUGAAUUUAAAGAUGAAGAUGUUCCAGAUGAUACUGCAAAUAGAGAUCAUAAACGUUAUAUAGAAAGAAAAAAUAUAGCAGCAAGAAAAAAAUUUAAACAAGAAGAUAAUAAAAGAGUUAUUGAAUUAGUUGAAAGAGCAUAUGCAGAAGAUCCAAGAAUUAAAAAGUUUAAAGAAGAAGCUAAAAAAGCAAAAGCUGCUAAAAAAUGGGAUAAAGAAGCUGAUUCAAGAAAAGCUGCUGAAGAAGCUGCUGCAAAAAAAGCAGCAGAAGAAGCAGCAGCAAAAAAAGCAGCAGAAGAAGCUGCUUCAGCUAAAGCAGAUUCUAAAAAGGCAAAAGAAGCUGCUAAAGCCGCUAAAAAGAAAAAUAAAAGAAAUAUUAGAGCUGCUGCUAAAGAUAAUGAUUAUUUUGGUGAUUCUUCUAAACAAGCUGAAAUUGAUUCUGAUUUAGAAUUAAUUAUUGAAAAAUUUGAUGAUGUUAAAUUAGGAGAAGUUGCAAAUAGAUUAAAAGAUAGUGAUGCAUUAUCUGCUAAAAACAUAAUAAAUGAUGCAGCUAAAGAAUUAAUAAAUGGUGGUUCUUUACAAGCUAGUUAUUUGAAAUAUUUUAAUUAA